GCCUGGGUGCGGCGGUCUGGGUGGCCCCCAGGGCUCGCUGCGCGUGGGUUCCCUCUAAACGCCCAACAAGCGCUGGAUCCUGGGAACACAGCCCAAGCGGAGGUGGCAACCCAUCCCCGGUUAGCGCUUCUGAUAGAGGAAGGGAGGAGCUAGUUACUUCCUGAAUAGCCUGCACGCCAGUGGCCACAUCCCAGUCUGCGCUGCGCCAGGAUGUCCGGAGGAUCCUCCAGGAGCCUCGAGAAGGGGAGCGCGCCCCCAGGACCAGUCCCGGAGGGCCUGAUCCGCCUCUACAGCAUGAGGUUCUGCCCGUUCGCCGAGAGGACGCGCCUCGUCCUGGAGGCCAAGGGAAUCCCGGUCCUGACCAAGAAGAAGACAACCUUCUUUGGGGGCAAUUCGCUUUCUAUGAUUGAUUACCUCAUCUGGCCCUGGUUUGAACGACUGGAAGCAAUGGAGUUAAAUGAGUGUAUAGACCACACUCCAAAACUUAAGCGCUGGAUGGCAGCCAUGCAGGAAGAUCCGGCAGUCUCAGCCCUCCUCACUGAUGCGAAGACCUUUCGAGGUUACUUGGAUCUCUACUUGCAGGACAGCGUCCAGGCCUGUGACUACGGGCUCUGAUGGGGGCAAGAGUCAGCAAUGAAGAUAUGUCUGAUAUUUUCCUUCACUAAUAAAAACAGUUAACAUGCUUUAAUUUUA